AUGGAGGGGGUCCCGGCGGUAACCGCAGGCAACGCGGGCGCUGCCAGUGCCGAGGGAGAAGCAACCAUGCCGCCGCCGCCGCCGCCGCCUCCCGUCUCCCCGCCUGCCCUCACUCCGGCGCCCGCAGCGGGUGAGGAGGGCCCGCCGCCCCUACCCGAGGCGGGGGAUCCUGGCUGCUCGGGCUCCCGGCCCCCUGAGCUGGAGCCUGAGCGCAGCCUGGGCCGCUUGAGGGGCCUCUUCGAGGACGAGGACGAGGAGUUGGAAGAAGAUGAGGACCUGGAGGAAGAAGAAGAGGAGGAAGAGGAGGAAGAGAUGAGCCACUUCUCGCUGAGGCUGGAGGGGGGCCGGCCGGACUCCGAGGACGAGGAGGAGCGCCUGAUCAAUCUCUCUGAGCUGACUCCGUACAUCUUGUGUUCCAUUUGCAAAGGUUAUUUAAUAGAUGCAACUACCAUUACAGAAUGUCUUCAUACAUUUUGUAAAAGCUGCAUUGUCAGACACUUUUACUAUAGCAACAGAUGUCCAAAAUGCAACAUAGUAGUACAUCAGACACAACCUCUUUACAACAUAAGGUUGGACCGACAGUUACAAGACAUAGUGUACAAAUUAGUGAUCAAUCUAGAGGAAAGAGAAAAAAAGCAAAUGCAUGAUUUCUAUAAAGAAAGAGGUCUAGAAGUACCUAAACCUGCUGUUCCACAGCCAGUCCCUUCAAGCAAGGGAAGAACUAAGAAAGUCUUAGAAUCAGUGUUUCGCAUUCCACCUGAACUUGACAUGUCUUUAUUACUAGAGUUUAUUGGUGCUAAUGAAGGCACAGGAAAUUUUAAGCCAUUGGAAAAGAAGUUUGUCCGAGUUUCAGGAGAAGCAACUAUCGGACAUGUAGAAAAAUUCCUCAGAAGAAAAAUGGGUCUUGAUCCAGCUUGUCAGGUAGACAUCAUCUGUGGUGAUCACUUGUUAGAACGAUAUCAAACUCUAAGGGAAAUUCGACGUGCAAUAGGCGAGGCAGCAAUGCAGGAUGGUCUGCUGGUCCUUCAUUAUGGACUUGUGGUUUCUCCUUUGAAAAUUACUUGAAGAUUGUAAGACUGUUAUGAGUGAGUGAACAAAAUAAGGCGGCUUCUGCAGGAUUGCAUUCUCACCAAAGAUUUCCAUGAAAC